AUGCUUCCUAUCAAGGCGUUCACGGUACUUAGCUGUGGCCAUGUUUUUCAUAGGGAAUGUAUCGAGAAAAUUUUUUUACUUACUCAACAAAACAACUGCCCCAUCGAUAAUUGUACCACGAUCGUUAAUCCCGUGGUCACCGAACGGAGAUUUUCUAUGUCGUCUCAAUCAAGUACUUCAUCAAUAGUUAAGAGAAUGAACAACCAACUUCAGAUGGAUUCACCAGUAAUCCAAGAAGAGGAGAGGCUGACCCGGGUUCAAGGAAUGGAAGUGGAUGAAGAGGUCAAUGAAGAAGAAUUAGAAAUCCAACCCGAUAAUCAAAACUCUACGCCCUCUAGCAGUAAAAAACGGACUAACGAGGGCGAAGAUGAUGAGCCACAAGCCCCUGCUUCGCGUUCAUCCAUCGAAAAACUACCUAAGAAGAAGGCUAAGAAACUGAUUAGAAGAGAAGAUUCGCCCAUCUUAAAAAAGUUAAUCAAGGAAUUAUCUGCUCCUAUUCCACAGCAAAUUUCUUCCGAUAGUACUAUUUCUUUGCAGACGUUCCCCGAUAUGGAUAUUGACUCGGUUAAUUUUCGUGAAUUAAAUGACAGGAUCAUCGAAGCCGAAGAUGAUAAUAAAAAAACCAUUCUAGAAUUACUGUGCCACGUUUCUUCUUAG